CCAUUUUGUCCCCCUCGACGGAGGAUGCGGCGGGGGCGGCCCGCGCCGGCCCUGGGGCUGCUGCUGCCGCUCCUGGCGAGCUCCCUGCCCGGGGUGGCGACCCCCCUGCCCGGGGUGGCGACCCCGAGGGCUUUCCCUGAGGAGUGCGGGCAACGGCCGCUCUUAGACAACGUCUCGGGAUCGCGGAUCGUAGGCGGACACGACGCCCGGAUCGGAGCGUGGCCGUGGUCGGUUAGCCUCCAGAUUCACCGAGCUGGGGGACAAUUUGCGCACGUUUGCGGCGGAGUUCUAAUUAAUGCGAAUUCAAUACUCACCGCUGGCCACUGCGUUAUAGGAAGGAAGGACCCAUAUUCCUGGAGAGCUGUUUUGGGUGUGCAUAACCUUUGGCAACACGGUGAACACACAGCAAAAAGGAAUAUUAGAAGCAUCACUGUGCACCCAGAAUUCCAGACAGAAACAUUUGAAAAUGAUAUUGCAUUAUUUGAACUCGAUUCUGCAGUACGCUACAGUGACUAUAUUCAGCCUAUCUGCCUUCCCCCUCCACACCUGUACCGGUACAUUGACAAUGAAACAGAAUGCUUUAUCAGUGGCUGGGGACGUACAGCAGAAAAAGGUCAAACUUCAUCUGUGUUAAAAGAAGCACAAGUGGACAUCAUUCCUUCUAGUGUCUGUAAUGAUUCUGAUGCGUACGGAGGUCUGAUCAACAACAACAUGAUUUGUGCUGGCUCUCACUCAGGAGGCACCGAUACCUGCCAGGGAGACAGCGGUGGACCUUUAGCGUGCUAUCACUCUAGUACCAGCACAUCCUAUCUCAUCGGGAUUGCUAGCUUUGGAACUGGCUGUGGCCGACCAAAGCUGCCUGGGAUCUAUGUCCGUUUAUCGCAAUACAGAGGAUGGAUAAAAUCUCAACUUCUGUUGAGUAACGAGGCUGUGAAUCCCGUGAGCGUUGGACUUACCGUCUUUCUGACUGUGAUACGUACGGUACUUGCGUAGACUUGCUAAAGGGACAAACCAUCGUGUCAUCAUCGGAGAGGUUUGGUCUCUCUGUUAAAACUUUGAAAAGAGAGCUAACUCCUGUUUCAGAAUAAAUCUAAGAGCCAAAGGAGAUGCAUGUAUUUUUUAGAAGUCUUGUUUGCAAUUGCAUUAUCUUUUUUAUUUUCUGCCUUUGAUAUCCAUACUACCAGUAGAAGAAAUGAUAACAACCUUGACCUUAGUAAUGAAACUGAAUAUAGAAAUGUUACCAACUGAAAACACUUUUUUCCCCACCCUAUUUCUACGCCUUCCAGCUAUGGGGAGCUUAGGUACUACCGCGAGUUGGUAGAUGGCAAAGAUACUCCCUCUGCUGGGUGAGUACCAGCAGAACACAAAAUGUCUUUCGUUAACUGACUCAGCUCAAUCAAAACUAAAAAUGAAAAAAAAAAAAAAAACCAACCCAAACCAAAACCAACUGCAAAAAUAUACAAGGGAUUCUUCACUUAUUAUUUUUAGUGACGACUAAAAUCCAUGCACAAAUAACUUAGUACUUUGACUGCUGUGGCUCGAUACAAUAUUUAUUUGUGGCCACUGUGAAAGACCUGAUACCAUACAACGUAUGCACAUUUGGUCAGAAUCACUGCAGUACUAUGUUAAUUAAAAAUAAAGAAAGAACAUCAGAAUUGUAUUUUGGCGACUUUAUUUACCAAGGUCGAAAUUUGCAACCAUCUAAUUGUUUCAACAAAUAUUUACAAUUCAUAGAAAGCAUGUACUUUUGUUUGGAAAUAACCAGCAGAACAGUAUUAGGUACUAUAUCUCUUACUCUCAGGAUAUAGAUUUAUACUCUCUUACAAUCUAGAUUUUGAAGUAAAUCCAAAAUAAGUACUUCAUGAUAAGUGAUUACUUAAAGAGCAAACUCAUGUUACUGUUUAAUAUUUCCAUGAUGAAAAAUAAGCUGCUCUUUCCAAAACACUAUUUUAAGAGGAUAAAAAUUUACUAACCUUAUGUCUGGCAGCACUACAUUUGUUUCACUUGCUGAAUACAGAAAGAGUUGGCCACCAUUUUUUUACAGUCUUAACACUUGAUAGCUUUUUUUCAUUAUUAUUCCGUAUUACAAAAGAAGGUAAAGGAACAACAGCACACAGCGAGGAUCAAAAUACCAUACAGAGGAAUUACCAAAUUAGUUUCAGUACUGUAGGUCAAACCCUCUUAAACAUAUGCCAAAUAGCGUACGCACACCUGAUGGGAGACAGCGGCAAGGUCCAAUUCUCUGAGGUGCUAAGCACGUUCCAAGGUGUUCUUUUUCCUGAAAUUCCACUAACAGAAACAGGUGGCACCAAGCACCUCUUCUGGAGCAGUUCCCAAAUGCAAUGCCUUUCUCAACCUUGCUUGUUAUUUUUGACGUGCAACAAAAGCACUCUUUUUUGACAUGAUCGCGACCAGAAACGUAUAUUCCAGUUUGGCCUAAAGGAAACGUAUUGUGGAUCACGUCCGUAACAAUCAUAUACUUAGAAACUUCUGAAAAAAAAUGUGUUUUUAUAGCCCGCUAACAGUGUGAUUGUGGAAUGCAGUCUUUCUCAUACCAUUUGCAAGGAGCUCUGCUUGCUAAGUCCAUUAAUUCAAAAAUGAGUAAAAUAAAAAAAUACUGACUGACCAUAUGAUAAGCGUUACACAUCUAGGGAGUGAGUACAUCUCUUAAUUUCAUUCAGAUCUGAGCUAGCACAACACACACACGGAGCUCUAACACCUUUUUAAUAGCAUAGUCCAUAGUGCAAUUCCCGCUGACAUAACUGGAAGCAGGAUUCAAUCCUAACUAUGGAAAAUAGUGUAUUUAUUAUUCAUGCAAUAAGCACUGCAUACACAUUUUUCUAUUUCACAGAAUCACAGAAUGGUUGCGGUUGGACGGGACCUCGGGAGGUCACCUUGUCCCAGCCCUGCUCAAGCAGGGUCACCCAGAGCAGGCUUGCCCAGGACCACGGCCAGACGGCUUUUGAGUAUCUCCAAGAAUGGAGAUUCCACACCCAAAAGAGUCCUGAUCAUGUCAAAUGUUUAAUUUUUCACCUGAAACAAAUUAAAAUCAUACAAACUAGAAUCUCUGAUAGCAAUCAGAUCUAAUGUGCAGAUAUUAUCAACUGCGGGGAAUAAAAAGCCCUGAUCUUUUUUUUUUUUUUUCUUUUUUCCCAAUACUCUUUAGGAUCCAUUUUUUUUUUUGCAAGUUGCCUA